CAUUAACAGAGUCUAUGUUAAACGUGCGUCUCUCUCCCCCUCUGCGAGACGGUGUGUCGCUUCCCCUAAUCGUCUCGUGUAUCGGUCAACUACUGGUCACUUGCAACUAUUCAUGGCCAUGGCCUUUAUAGCUCUCUGAUUUUCCCAGAUUUUCUAUUCCCAUUCUUCAUAUCAUCAGAACAUACAGACAUAUAUCCACACUAUCAAGCUUAGCUAGGGCUGUUUUUGUGUGUGUUCUAACAACAAAUUCUGCAUCCAAAACAUUUUACAAUUUCAUAAGAAACUAGCAAAGCAGCUCCCGCGAUUCCAAGUUAUCUUCUUUUAUCUUCAACUUUCCUUUUAUCGUAAACCAAACAUACUAGUUGAUUGUCUUGUCUUUUUCUAAUCCCUGCUCGAGUCCAUCCAUUUUCUGAUUUCUGGUGGGGAUUUGACAGAAAAUCUACAACUUUCUCGGGAGAUUUUUUCUCCAAUUUCCCCAGGGAAGUGGAAAACACAGUCUUUCCUCGUGAUCAAAUUCAUGUCAGAAGAAAUCAGGGUUUUAUCAGAGAGAGAGACAGAGUAAAAUGGAAGCUGGCAAAGGAGUGAUAGACAAGAAAGGAACAAAUGACGUGGUGAUUCACAUUUCAACCACGAAUCAAGAUGCUACUACUAAAGCAUACUCCUUUUCAAAGAAUUCCCAGUUGGGUUCUUCUCCAAAAGACUCAUCAUCAAAUCUUGAGCUAACAGAGUUCGAGAAUCUGUCGGUGAGAGUUCAAACAUCUCCUUCUUCAGAGAUACCAAAGCCAAGCCCAGCUCCGAGUCCAACACCACACAAGCCUCCAAAAAUCCCAACAACAGACUCCAUAACAAGAAGAAAAUCACUUGCAAGGUCUGAAUUUUCGAAGCCAAAAUCAAGACUGGUAGAGCCAUCCUAUCCAUAUGAUGCAAUCUUAAAGGAAGAGAUGAAGACCGGCCAGUCGGGGAAUUCAAGCUCACCGCGUAAUGUUGCUUCACCAAAUGACACACAUGGUGUUACUACACCAAGGGAUAACUUGAGGUCAGCUCCAAUCACCCCAAAAACACCCUUAAUUGGAACGCCAGGACUAGACGAUGAUGAUGAUGAGGUCUAUAGGACGGCAAUUCUUAAUUUGGGCAAAAUUAGGGGUAAGAAAUGGAAAGUAUUACCCUUGAUUGAGUUAGUUGCAUUUGUGUGCAUUAUGGGACUGUUAAUUGCCAGCUUGACUGUUGACGGAUUGCUGAAUUCAAAGAUUUGGAGUUUGAAGUUAUGGAAAUGGUGUGUGCUCGUAUUAGUUAUUUUCAGUGGUAGAUUGUUUACCGAGUGGUUUAUGAAUGUUUUGGUUUUCUUGAUUGAAAGGAACUUCUUGCUUAAGAAGAAGGUGCUUUAUUUUGUAUAUGGGUUGAAAAAGAGUGUUCAGGCUUUUAUUUGGUUAGGCUUGGUACUGCUAGCUUGGGGUUUGUUGUUUGAAAGUGGAGUUAAACGAUCCAGGCGAACUACCAAGAUUCUGAAUAAAAUUACAAGAGCCCUUGCUGGUUGUCUCAUCGGGGCUGCUAUAUGGCUGGCGAAAACCUUUUCACUUAAGUUGCUAGCUUCUUCUUUUCAUGUUACUAGAUUCUUUGAUAGAAUUCAGGAAUCAAUAUUUCAUCAGUAUGUUCUCAUAACUCUUUCUGGGCCUCCCGUGAUGGAGAUGGCUGAAAGCAUUGCGAGCACUAAGACGCUGCCGGGCCAGUUGAGUUUUACGAAUACUAACAAACGGAAUGAAGAGAAAAAAGAAGAGGUGAUUGAUGUUGAUAAGCUUAAGAAAAUGAAACAUGGGAAGAUCUCUGCUUGGACCAUGAAGGGAUUGAUUAAUGUGAUUAGUGGUUCUGGCUUAUCCACUCUCUCCAACAACCUUGACCAGAGUGAUGAGGAGGAUGCUGAGAAGAAGGAUGAAGAGAUUACUAGUGAGUGGGAAGCAAGGGCUGCGGCUUAUAAGAUUUUCAGGAAUGUGGCAAAGCCUCAUAGCAAGUACAUUGAAGAAGAUGACCUCUUGCGGUUCAUGAAAAAGGAAGAGGUGGACAACGUAAUUCCACUCUUUGAAGGAGCAACAGAAACUCGAAAGAUCAAGAGAUCAGCUUUAAAAAAUUGGCUGGUGAAUGUUUAUAAUGAGCGCAAAUCAUUGGCACACUCCUUGAAUGACACAAAAACAGCCAUUGAGGAGCUGAACAAAUUGGCUUCUGCUGCUGUGCUUGUUGUGAUCGUUGCUGUGUGGUUGCUUGUGAUGGGAUAUUUAACAACCAAAGUGCUUGUCUUCAUUUCAUCUCAAUUAUUACUCGUGGUUUUCAUUUUUGGUAACAGUGCCAAGACCGUGUUCGAAGCUAUCAUAUUUGUGUUCGUCAUGCACCCAUUUGAUGUCGGUGAUCGUUGUGUCAUUGAUGGAGUGCAGAUGGUUGUUGAAGAGAUGAACAUUUUGACCACUGUCUUUUUAAGAUACGACAAUGAGAAAAUAUUCUAUCCAAAUACAGUUCUUGCUACCAAACCUAUCAGCAACUUUUACAGGAGCCCAGAAAUGAGUGAUUCUGUGGAAUUCGCUGUUGAUAUAUCCACUUCAAUUGAGACUAUUGGAGCUCUGAAAGCUAGGAUAAAAACGUACUUGGAGAGCAAGCCACAGCACUGGCGGCCUGGUCACAGUGUUCAAGUUAAAGAGAUUGAGAAUGUGAAUAAGAUGAGAAUGGCCCUCUAUGCUAAUCACACUAUAAACUUCCAGAACAGUGGAGAUAGGGGAAACAGAAGAUCUGAUCUAGUGUUAGAGUUGAAGAAAUGUUUCGAAGAUCUUGGUAUUAAGUACCAUCUUCUGCCUCAACAAGUUCACCUCAGCUAUGUCGGGACAGCAGCUUCAGUAGCUCCAACGCUUGCAAGAUGAUGGUCCCUCUUCUUUGUCCCAAAUUUCUUCACCUUAUUUUCUUUCUCUGCUUCACUUCUCGUGCCUGAAAUCUGAAUUUCAGUCGACUUGGUGGUGGCUGGUGUCUUUGAAGCUGGGAUUUUCUUUGCCAUAUUUGGGGGUUCAAAAAAUAAUAGCAUUUGCCAUGUGUUUUCUAGUUGUCGAGACUCGGAGAGAAAUGUGAUUUUUGCACUUCUUCUCUUCUAUUUGUCGCUCGAGGCUGUGAUUUUUAAUAUUCUCUUUCAUAUUUUUGUUUUCUUCUCCAUUUCAGCAUCUUGUUUCCCAUCAUCAUUCUGAUUAUUCUCUUUUUGUCUA